GCCUUUACCACAUCCAUACCCAUCACAGGCUUUCCAGAUUCCCGGGCUGUUUGCUGGUGAGAAAUCUUUGCUGCAGCAAGGACCGGAGUCCCCCGCGCGCGCAGCCCUGUGGCAGAAGAGGGCUAGGCUGAGAGGGAAGGGCUGGAGAGGAGGGAGGCAGCCGGUCCUCCCGGAGAGCCUGCAAGGAUGCGGCAAGGGACUGGGACCAUGGGGAGGUGCUAACCUCCCCCCGCCCCAGCCCCUGAUCCGGGCUUGCAGACCCGGCCCCGCGGGCCAGUUCCCUGCCAAGCGCAUCCGAGAAGCCAAAGGCGCCUUGAAAAGCAAAAAAGAAGGGCGCUGGAGAGGGGUACCCAUCCCCAGAGUCUGUCCCUCGCCGAACCCAAGAAGAAAAGAGAGAGUCAGAGAUUGGAGAAGGGACGCAGGAACUCCAGUCUGCAGACUGGCUUGGGAGCCUUGUCCGGGGACUAGGGCGCUCCGCGCCAUCAUCUUCAAUGCCUCUCUGAACAGCUUUCAGCAAGAGUGUGAGAGAAAGAGAGAGAGAGGAGAGCGCGCGCCAGGGAGAGGAGCAAAGAAGAUGAGGAUUAUUUGCAGACAGAUUGUCUUGUUAUUUUCUGGAUUUUGGGGACUCGCCAUGGGAGCCUUUCCUAGCAGCGUGCAAAUAGGUGGUCUUUUCAUCCGAAACACAGAUCAGGAAUACACUGCUUUUCGAUUGGCAAUUUUUCUUCAUAAUACCAGCCCCAAUGCAUCGGAAGCUCCUUUCAAUUUGGUCCCUCAUGUGGACAACAUUGAGACAGCCAACAGUUUUGCUGUAACAAAUGCCUUCUGUUCCCAGUAUUCGAGAGGAGUGUUUGCCAUUUUUGGACUCUAUGACAAGAGGUCAGUGCAUACCUUGACCUCGUUCUGCAGCGCUUUACACAUCUCUCUCAUCACACCAAGCUUUCCUACUGAAGGGGAAAGCCAGUUUGUGCUUCAGCUAAGGCCUUCAUUAAGAGGUGCAUUACUGAGUCUGCUGGACCACUACGAAUGGAACUGUUUUGUCUUCCUGUAUGAUACAGACAGGGGAUACUCGAUACUUCAAGCUAUUAUGGAAAAAGCAGGACAGAACGGAUGGCAUGUCAGUGCAAUAUGUGUGGAAAAUUUUAACGAUGUCAGCUACAGGCAGCUGCUAGAAGAGCUUGACAGAAGACAAGAGAAGAAAUUUGUAAUAGACUGCGAGAUAGAGAGGCUUCAAAACAUAUUAGAGCAAAUUGUGAGUGUCGGGAAACAUGUUAAAGGCUACCACUAUAUCAUUGCAAAUUUGGGUUUUAAGGACAUUUCUCUUGAGAGAUUUAUUCAUGGUGGAGCCAAUGUCACUGGAUUCCAGUUGGUAGAUUUUAAUACACCUAUAGUAACCAAACUAAUGGAUCGCUGGAAGAAACUAGAUCAGAGAGAAUACCCAGGAUCUGAGACUCCUCCGAAGUACACCUCUGCUCUGACUUAUGAUGGCGUCCUGGUGAUGGCCGAAACUUUCCGAAGUCUCAGAAGACAGAAAAUUGAUAUUUCACGGAGAGGAAAUGCUGGGGAUUGUCUGGCAAACCCUGCUGCUCCCUGGGGCCAGGGAAUCGACAUGGAGAGAACACUCAAGCAGGUUCGAAUUCAAGGGCUGACUGGGAAUGUUCAGUUUGACCACUAUGGGCGUAGAGUCAAUUACACAAUGGAUGUGUUUGAGUUAAAAAGUACAGGACCUCGAAAGGUUGGCUACUGGAAUGAUAUGGAUAAAUUAGUCUUGAUUCAGGACAUGCCCACUCUGGGCAACGACACAGCUGCUAUCGAGAACAGAACAGUGGUUGUAACCACAAUUAUGGAAUCACCAUAUGUCAUGUACAAGAAAAAUCAUGAAAUGUUUGAAGGGAAUGACAAAUACGAAGGCUACUGUGUAGAUCUGGCAUCAGAAAUCGCAAAACAUAUUGGUAUCAAGUAUAAAAUCGCCAUUGUCCCUGAUGGAAAAUACGGAGCAAGGGACGCAGACACUAAGAUCUGGAACGGGAUGGUAGGAGAGCUUGUGUAUGGGAAAGCAGAGAUUGCUAUUGCCCCUCUGACAAUCACUUUGGUACGGGAAGAGGUCAUCGACUUCUCUAAGCCUUUCAUGAGUUUGGGCAUCUCUAUCAUGAUCAAAAAACCUCAGAAAUCUAAACCGGGAGUGUUUUCCUUCUUGGAUCCUCUGGCCUAUGAGAUCUGGAUGUGCAUAGUCUUUGCGUACAUUGGUGUCAGCGUGGUCUUGUUCCUAGUUAGUAGGUUUAGUCCAUAUGAGUGGCACACGGAAGAGCCUGAGGAUGGAAAGGAAGGACCCAGCGACCAGCCUCCCAAUGAGUUUGGCAUCUUUAACAGCCUCUGGUUUUCCCUGGGUGCCUUUAUGCAGCAAGGAUGUGACAUUUCUCCCAGAUCCCUCUCAGGUCGAAUCGUGGGAGGCGUCUGGUGGUUCUUCACGCUCAUCAUCAUAUCGUCCUACACUGCUAACCUGGCUGCGUUCCUGACGGUGGAGCGAAUGGUCUCCCCCAUAGAAAGUGCGGAAGACCUGGCCAAACAAACAGAAAUUGCAUACGGAACACUCGAUUCGGGAUCCACAAAAGAAUUCUUCAGAAGAUCAAAGAUAGCAGUGUAUGAAAAGAUGUGGACCUACAUGCGAUCCGCAGAGCCUUCUGUGUUCACUAGGACUACAGCUGAGGGCGUGGCUCGCGUCCGCAAGUCCAAGGGCAAGUUUGCCUUUCUCCUGGAGUCCACGAUGAAUGAGUACAUUGAGCAGCGAAAGCCCUGUGACACCAUGAAAGUGGGAGGCAACCUGGAUUCCAAAGGCUACGGAGUAGCGACGCCCAAGGGUUCCUCAUUAAGAAAUGCUGUUAACCUCGCAGUUUUAAAACUGAAUGAACAAGGCCUCUUGGACAAAUUGAAAAACAAAUGGUGGUACGACAAAGGAGAAUGUGGCAGCGGGGCAGGUGACUCCAAGGACAAGACGAGUGCCUUGAGCCUAAGCAACGUCGCAGGCGUCUUCUACAUUCUGGUUGGCGGCUUGGGCUUGGCAAUGCUAGUGGCUUUGAUAGAGUUCUGCUACAAGUCCAGGGCAGAGGCGAAGAGAAUGAAGGUGUCAAAGAGUGCACAGACUUUUAACCCAACUUCCUCGCAGAAUACCCACAAUUUAGCAACCUAUAGAGAAGGUUACAACGUAUAUGGAACCGAAACUGACAUUUUCCGAAGCCAUAAGAAACAAAGCCAGGUUAUCCAUCACCGGGAGUGUGGGAGAAAACGGCCGCGUGCUCACGCCGGACUGCCCCAAGGCGGUACACACAGGAACUGCAAUUAGACGAAGUUCGGGGUUGGCUGUCAUUGCAUCGGACCUACCAUAAAAACCAAAAAAAUAAUUGAGUGCCUUAAUUAAACUGUGUUGGUGACUGAUGGAAACGCAGCCCUGAGGGAUGGAUGGGCCCAGCAGGGUCUUGGCUAAACCAAUCCUUUGAAAGUGGAAAGCCGCCGGACAGCAACCUGUGCAUGAGACCAGCUCAGAAAAGCAGACUCGGAUUUUGUAUCAGGAAAACUCACAAUUUAUGGGGCGUUUUUUUUGGGGGGGGGAGUGGGGGGGCAGCUGGGAUGGGUGUAUUAACAGCAACAAAUUUCACUUGAGUGGACUUAAAAACUAAUCAGACUUUGCGCAUUAAACUAUGAAGUUCUUGCUCAGAACGCUCUUCGUCACCACAGAAAGGAAUUAAAUAGUUAAUAGAGGUCAACGAACCUGCUAACCUGUGUCUCCAGCACACCCAUGUAGUGGGAAGACUCUGCGGCCGACACAACCCGUCACUAAAAUGUGAUAAGAAAAUAAUAAACAUGUAAAUCCUGUGAAAAAAAAAA